AUGUCGCUCUUCCGUCGAUCCUUCGCAACCAUGACUUCCUCUGGUUUCCGUACGCCUAGCAAGAUUGUCUGCAUUGGACGCAACUAUGCUGACCACGUCCAGGAGCUCAACAACGUCCGGCCUAAGCAGCCUUUCUUCUUCCUCAAGCCCCCUUCCUCCAUUGUCCUCCCCGGCGCCGGCCCCGUCAUCCGCCCCAGGGGUGUCGAUCUCCACUAUGAAGUCGAACUCGGUGUUAUUCUCAACAAGAGGCUUCGGGAUUUUGACGCUGCUGAUGAGAAGAGCGCUCUGGACGCCAUUGAGUCCUACCUCCUCGCCAUCGACAUGACCUCCCGCAACGGACAAAACGAGGCCAAGAAGAAGGGUCUCCCCUGGGACAUCGCCAAGGGCUUCGACACCUUCCUCCCCCUCAGCCGAGUCAUCCCCAAGUCCGCCAUCCCCGACCCCCACAAUAUCGAGAUCUUCCUCAAGGUCAACGGCGAGACCAGGCAGGAUGCCUCCACCAACCUCAUGCUCUUCCAGAUCCCCAGGCUGCUCAGCGACAUCUCCAAGGUCAUGACCCUUGAGCCCGGCGACAUCGUCAUUACCGGCACCCCUGCCGGUGUUGGCCCCGUCGUUCCUGGAGAUGUCAUGAGGGCUGGUCUCAGGGUUGAUGGGAAGGAGCUUGAGGAGGCUAAGAUUGAGAUUCCUGUUGAGGAGUCGACUAGCUCGUAUGAAUUCUCUGAGACUUAG